CGCAUCGCCAUGAGUGCCGCGGUGAACCCCGGCGUGAAGGACACCCCUGUGGAUAUGGAUCAGCUCCUGAAGGCUGUGGGGUGUCCGAUCUGCGGAGAGAUGUUCACGCACCCGGUGACGGUGAUGGAGUGCCUGCACACGUUCUGCCACGAGUGCAUCGUCAAGUCCGUGCAGCCCGGCCGGGGAGCGAACAACGUGUGCCCCACGUGCGGCAUCAAGCUGGGGAACAAUCCGUUCGUGGAGAAGAAAGUCGUGAAGGAUCAGGUCAAGGUGAGCAUCGUGGACAAGCUGAGGGCGUCGGGGGUGUUGGUUGGGAGUGGAGGAGGGGGUGCACCCGCACCGGCGCCCGCACCGGCGGCGGCGGCACCGGCGCCCGCACCGGCGCCCGCACCGGCGGCGGCGGCACCGGCGCCCGCACCGGCGCCCGCACCGGCGGCGGCACCAGCGCCCGCACCGGCGGCACCGGCCGCGGCACCGGCGGCACCGGCUCCAGCAGAGCCGGCGCCCGCGGCUGUCGAGCCCGCGCCGGCGCCGGCGGAGCCCGCGUCGUGAACGCAUCAUCGACGACGCGUCCAUCGAGACGUGUCACGACGAGUGGAGGCGCGGGCGUGUCGUGACGAACCCUCAGUAGUCUAACCCUUAUAUUAAAAGCCUCGAAGCGUC